AAAAAUAUAAUUAGGAACAAAAGUAUAUAUAUAUAAAUUUAUCUGACGCGAUAAACGACUGAAGCUAUUGCUUUUUACCGAAAAAAGCUAGCCAGUGUGAAAUUGCGGAAUUAGUAGACGAGAGCAGCAAAUUGAAUGAAAGCAAAAGCAAAACUUUGCAAUAUUCGAGCAGCGAGUGAAAAAGAGCAAAGGCAGAAGAAGGAGAAGAAGAAGGUGGAGGCAAAAAGCAGAAAACGACUAGCAGCAGCCACAAAGCACGAAAGGCUAACCCCAAACAAAAAAAGAGUGCGUGAAUAUUUAGAAAAAUUAACGCCAGACCGCCAUUAGUGUUUUUGUAAAAACAAAGUCGUACGGUCGUAAUUGUGGUUGUCGUCGUCAUCAUCGUUUUGUUUACUGUUGCUAAGAAAAGUUGUUGAAUGUUGGCCCCGGGAAAGGCAGCCAACAAGAUCGGGCGACAACUCCUGCAAUAGGCGAGCAUAUUGUCGAUAACAUACCCCGGUGCUCUCCCGGUUUCCCCCUAUUAACGUUGUAUAUCGUGACGUCGCCAAGCGCCAAGUCGCCAGAUACAGCCAGCACGACGAGAAGAGGAGAGAGAGAGGAGCAUAGCGCAUAGCAGCGCAGCGAAGUAAAGAGGCAAAAGAGGCCGAUAGACCGAAACAGCAACAGCAAAAACGUAAACGGAACCGAAGAUACAGAUACACGCAUUAUAAAUAAAAUUGAAAUCAGAAAAUAAGUGCAACUGAAAGCUCGUCGCGCUCAACGUUCAUCGACUUUUGGUGCUGGCAAUUGGCAAUUGGAAAUUCGCCUGCUGCCCCAAACUUCUUCUAUUAUGAACAACAAUAGCAAGCGGAAAACUCGACCUAGUGGUGGUGGCGGCGGCGGCGGUGGAGCCAGCGGCGGCAUCUCAAGGUACAACUCGAACGACAACAACAGUCUGCGGCCAUCAAACAACAAGGGCGGCCUGGGUAGUGCUGGCGCUAAUAGUGGUGCCGCUGGAGUAGGACGCACGUUGGCGCAGGGCGUCUAUAACAACACCUAUUUUAUGCACUCGGCAACGUCACUCGUUGGCAGCGUUGUGGAAGUCCGUCUCCGUUCGGGCAACGUAUACGAGGGCGUAUUUCGCACAUUCUCGGGCAAUUUUGAUAUCGCGCUGGAGUUGCCGGCGUGCAUCAAGGCCAAAAAUCAGCCCGACGAGGCCAAGACAGUGCCCAAACACAUCAUAUUCCCGGCGGACACUGUGGUCACCAUCAUGGCCAAGGACUUUGAUUCAAAUUACGCCACUGUUGGAGCCUUUCAGACUGAUGGCGCCAUAUCCGACAAGUGCAAUGGCUCGCGGUUUGAUGAAAAAGAGCUGGAGCCUUGGGACGCUGGCGCCAAUGGCGACAUUGAUAUUGAGCUAGAUGGCGCUGCCAAUGGCUGGGAUGCCAACGAAAUGUUCCGCAAGAAUGAGAAUGUGUUUGGCGUCACCUCCACAUUCGAUGACUCGUUGUCGUCGUACACAGUGGCCCUGGAUAAGGGCGACUCGCUAGAAUAUAAGGAGGCCGAGGCCAAAGCCGAGAAACUUGCUGCCGAAAUUGAGAACAAUCCCACAUGCCGCGAGCGUUUGGAUCUGGAGAAUGGCGAUGAGGAGUCGCUCUUUGCGGCUGUGGAGCGCCCAACGCCAGAGCAAGAUAUGGAAAGAGAUCGCGAGCGUGAGCGCGAUAGAGAUCGCGAACGAGAGCGCGAGGAGCGUGAGCGCGAACGGGAGCGAGAGCGUGAGAGGGAGCGCGACCGCGAUCGUGAUCGUGGCAAUAAACCACGUGGCAACGGUGGCGGCGACUAUCAGUUGCGUGAGACAAUGAGCAGCGAUCGCUACAUAACCAAACAGCCGCGCAACAACAAUAACAAUGGGCCGCCAUCAAGUCAUCCGGGCUUAUCGUCGCAAUCCUCGCGCGAUAAUCGAGAUUCAAUUAUGAUGGGCCAGGGACAGCAAGGUGGUGGUGGUGGUGCACCACAAUCUGCUGCGGUGCUCUUGCUUGCCGGCAGCUUGAAGAACACCAACAUGUCCGCACCGGGCGCCGGUCCCGUCGCCGAUAACAAAUACGGCAACAACGGUGGGCCCAUGAUAAAACGCAAGACGGUGCCACCUGCUGGCAAAAUAAUGCGCGACAACCGAAAUCCGAACAGCGUGGGCGUCGGCGCUGGCAACUCGUCAAAUGUGCCGCAGCCAAAUAAUGCCAACAAUGGUGCUGGCAAGGGCAGUGGUGGCUAUCAGUCCUCGAUGGGCAUGCAGAAUCAAUACUCCUACCAGCCCAACUCGCAGCUGAUGCAUGGUUCUUCGGGCUAUCGUCAGCAGGGCCAUUUGGGUGGUACCUCCAAGCUAAACGGCAACGAUGCCAACUCCAAUGCGGGCAAGCCUUUGCCGCAGCGCCAGAUGCGUCAGUAUUCGGGCUCGCAGAGCAAUUCUUCGCUAAAUUAUGGCGGCGAUUCACAGUCGAUGGGCAAACCCAUGCACGCGCAUUCACAUGGCGGUCACAACAGCAAUUCACCGCCUUUGCAAACGGGCGGACAGCAGCAGCAGCCACAACAUCAGCAACAGCCACAGCACCAGCAACAGCCACCACAACAGCAGCAGCAACAGCCACCACCACAGCAGCAACAUCAAAGUCAACCGCAGCAGCAACGUCAGUUGCGCCCACGUGACAAUCAGCUGCAGGAUUUGCGUCAGUUUGGCUUAGACUUUCAGUUGGCGGGCAGCAAUACUUCGCCGCCGCAGCAGCAACAACAACAGCAACAGGCGCCGCCACAGCAGCAGCCACAUCACAUGCAGCGUGGCGGCUUGCAACAGUCUUCAUCGCCACCGCAGCAACAGCAGCAGCAGCAACCACAGCAGCACCAACAGCCACCAACACAGCAGCAGCAGCAACAAGCGCCGCCGCCGCAACUGGUGGCCAUGCAGCAUCAGGUGCCACCAGCACAUCAUCAUCAGCCGCCGCCGCCAACACAGCAACAUUAUGUGCCUCAGCAGCAGCAGCAACAGCAGCCAUCGCCGCAGCUACAGCAGCAGCAACAACAUGUGCAGCACAUACAGCCAAAGGCGCAGCCACCAACACAGCAGCAACAGCUACCACAGCAGCAGCAACAACAGCUGCCACAUCAGCAGCAGCAUCAGCCGCAGCAGCUUCCGCCGCAAAUGGUUGUGGUGGACAAUGCGCAUCAGCAUGUCCCCAAGCAUCAGCAACAGGCGCAGGUAACGCAUCAGCAACAAGCGCCGAUACCGCAGCAGCAGCCGCCGCCACCACAGAUGGUGCCGGAAGUGUCAGCGCAGGCGCCACAGCCAAUUUACCAUGUGAUGACGCCCACAGCUCCUGGCGUGCAACAGCCACAGACUUCGCCUGUGGUAAUUAGCUCACCGGUCAUUCUGGAUCAGCCACCGCCGCCAGUUGCAGUGGCCUCCACAGUCAAGCCGGAUGCAACGCCAGCAACAGGCAGCGUCAUCAGCAGCAGCACCACACCCACUGGCAUAGCCAGCACACCCACAACGGUUACAACUGGCGCUGCUGCUGUCGCUGCCGCCGCCAGCACAGAAAAGACUACGCCGGCGGCCACUGCCACAAGUGCUGCAACUGGCAGCAGCACUACGACAACAACCACAGCUGGCACCACUGGUACCACGCCUGUGGUGAAGAAACAUGUGCUGAAUCCAUCGGCCAAGCCGUUCACGCCACGUGGUCCCAGCACGCCGAAUCCAUCGCGGCCACAUACGCCGCAAACUCCAGUGCCCCUUCCGGGCAUAUACACCACAACGGGUGCGCAUAUGCCGGCGGCCAAUCAGCCGAUCUACAUGAUGCCACAGCCGCAUGCAUUCCAGGCACCCACUCAUCCCGGCGGACAAGCGCCGCGUAUGCGCCGCAGCUAUGCUCCCAUGGGAUCAUCACAAGUACAUGUGUCCGCUUCAGCGGCCACUGGGCCGCCAUUGAUGGCCACAACGCCCAUACAACAGUUUAUACAAUAUCCACACACACCGCAUCCACAGCAUUUCCAGUCGCCGGCCUAUGCGCCGAUGCCAAUGCGCGUGUAUUCGGAUCAGACACAGCAAUUGCAGUUCUUGGCACAGACGCCGCCAUCGACGACACCAUCGCCCGGGCAGCCGCAUCAAGCGUUCCAUCCGCCACCACAGCCUUCCCCUGCAGGCGGGGGACCACAGCCCGCUGCAUUCACACCCCAAACACAGCCGCAGGCAUACCAGUUCAUGUGUGUGCAUCCAAACAUCAUACCCAAUCCCUACUUCCCGGGGGCGACGCCACAGCAUCCGCCGCAGAAUCAACAGUACCAUCUAGUUAUGCAGCCGCAUACCACGCAGUGAACAGCAUCGAUGGCAACAGCAGCGACAUGCAGCCAAUUCUAAACGGAAGUA